GAGAGGAGGCAAACAAUAGAGAAUCAAAGCAUAAUAAUAUCCCUAAAUGAAGAGGGAAAUGCUGCUCCGCUCAUUUUAUUAAUCAGACUGUCAAUUCCCCCCCAAGAGGCCAAACCCAAGAGCGAUCUGAAACAGACUCGGAGAUCAAACCAGGGACGCGCACCUCGCUCCUCACUCCUCUCUUCCCUCUCCACUUGGAUAUUAUUCGUCUGACCGAAGGCCGCCUCCAUCAUCAAGUGACAGCCCUCUCCUAUUUAUUUGCUUAUAAACCUGUUACAAUAAAUGAUCAUUGGAGCAGCGUCAGCCCAGCAUUUUAACAACGGACAUCGAGCACUUUUUUGAUGAAUGACUUUUUUUCUUCUUCUUCUUCUUCUCCCCUCCCGCUGCUGCAUGUGAGGAAGGAUGCGCGCCUGCGGCUCGGUUGCAUUCAGAUUCUUACAAUUUUUUGCGUCUUGCUUAUAAAACGGUUGAUCCAGACACGGUAAAGCAGAGUUCCACGCGGAUUUAGCUCUGACACAACUCAUUUGUGCGCCAGCCCCAUCCCUGGACAAGUGUUGUGUCUUAGUGCCUUUUCCUCCCCUUUCUUUUUCUUUUCUUUUUUUUUUUUUUUUUUUUUUUUUUGGCACGGCUUAAUGAUGGAGAGGAUAAGAAAAGAGAUGAUAUUGAUGGAGAGGGGUCUGCACAGUCCUGUUGCGGGGAAGAGGCUCGGGGACGCGCCGGGAAAUUCAGUUCUGGAGGCCCUGGAAAACUCCCAACACGGUGGACGACUCAGUCCGAGAAUAACCUCGGCUUCCCUUCAUGGGAAUCUCGGGGACAUCCCGACGAAAGGCAAAUUUGAAAUAGAAAGUCUUUUCGGGACGCACCACGGCAGCGAGAACGCCUCUUCUGCGGAGAUUUCAUCGUCGGAGAGCAGAAAGAAAAUGAGUCUUUACUCCGAAGUUUCUCAAGAAUCAGACAUAAAUAGUGAUGUGGAGGUGGGAUGCCCUGCGCAUCGCUCGCCGAGCCAGCACAAGGAAAACAACAAGGUUUUUUCUGACAGUAAUUCAGCGUCCUCCAACACGAGCUCGAACUCCCUCACGAACAUGAACGGAAACUCGGCGGGAGGAUCCAACAAUUCCAACACCGACCAGGUCAGGAGGUAUCGGACUGCUUUCACCCGGGAACAGAUCGGGAGACUGGAAAAGGAGUUUUAUCGGGAAAACUACGUUUCCAGACCGAGGAGGUGCGAAUUAGCCGCAGCGCUGAAUCUGCCCGAAACGACAAUUAAGGUGUGGUUCCAGAACAGGCGGAUGAAGGAUAAGAGGCAGCGCUUGGCCAUGUCCUGGCCCCAUCCUGCAGACCCCAGCUUCUACACUUACAUGAUGACGCAUGCGGCCGCCACAGGAAGUCUACCAUACCCCUUCCACUCGCACAUGCCUCUGCACUACUACCCGCACGUCGGCGUCACGGCGGCAGCAGCGGCCGCCGCGGCCACCGGAGCCGCCUCUUCACCCUUCGCCACGUCCAUCCGGCCUCUUGAUACCUUCCGCGCCCUCUCCCAUCCAUAUUCGCGGCCAGAGCUCCUGUGCAGCUUCAGACACCCGGGACUGUACCAGUCGCCCGCGGGCCUAAACAGCUCGGCUGCGGCCUCCGCGGCGGCGGCUGCGGCUGCGGCGGCGGCUGCGGUUAGCGCUCCGUCCGCCUCCGGGCCCUGUUCGUGCUUGAGCUGCCACAGCAGCAGCCAGGCCGCUAGCGCGCUGGGCUCCAGGAGCGCCGGCGCUGACUUUACCUGCACGGCUUCCACGCAGAGAUCAGAGAGCAGCUUUCUGCCGUAUUCCGCCGCUGUUCUCAGCAAGACCUCAGUCCCAUCACCUGAUCAGCGAGAGGAGAGCUCACUUAACAGAUAACUGGUCACCCUUGCCUCUGUUUUUAAAGACACGUGUGCGUCAAGCGUUGUAAACAGACACAUUGUUUAAGUAUUAUUUCUAAAAAAACAACAACAGCAACAGCAAGAGUGGACAUCAAACAUUGCUAUUCAUAUAGCCAACAGUUUUCAAAAGAUGUGCCCCUGUCAUGAGAGUAGACCAGUUUUUCUUGGCUGGUUAUUUCGCCCUUCCACCAUUUUUCUUUUUUUCACUUUUGCUGUUUUGGUUGUUUCGUGCCCAACAUUUUUAUCUUCCACGGGAUGUUUCGUGUUGACCCCGAUUCCAUUCCUUCCUGCUUUGAGAAGAGAUGAUUUAAAGGGGGUUUUCUUCAGUCUGCUCCUAUGUAUUUGUAAGGGAAUGUGUUAUGAUUCAGUUUAAAAAUAUCUGCCAGCAGGAGGUCGUUCAGAGAUAUUUCGGUUUGAUCCGAGUCAAAAUCUGCAAUAUUGGUUCAGAUACAGAUCAAAAUCAAAAUCAGUGAUAUUAAAGGGUUCCAAGAAAUAUUUUUAAAAAUAAUAUAACAUGUUGAAAAAUGUAUUCCCAUUACCUCCAUUUUGCUUAUUUCACUUCAACGACUGCAUAUGAGUUUAGUUUUGUUCGUAGUUAAAUAUUUUUUAUUAGGGGAGAUAAAAAUGAUAACGAUUCUCAAAUUUCCCGUAUUCUUUAAUUCAGUGUUAGAUUAUUAGCUAAAGACGUCCUAUUAACACCCUGUUGGAACAUAAAACCCAUUUAGAUUCGUUUCUAUCCCCUUUUAAAGACCAGAUUAUUCUUAGAAAAUCUGAAAGAGUAUCUGAUGAAAUCCAAACAAUUCGACGCAACCUUCUGCACUGACUUAACGACAUAUGACCACAUCUCCUUAAAGUAGAACAAAGAAAAUAGCUUUAAAUAAUUGGCUGUUAAAGCGACAGAAAACUUCCAUCUGCUGGCUUACAAAUUGAUGUGCUCACUAAAGGAGAGUCCCUUGAGACAAUACUGUUUCGUAGCCUCCCAUCACCCUCCCAAAAAAAAAGUUGCAUACAAAACGAACAAAAUGAGAAAAGUAUUGAAUGACGAAAUUACUAUUACUCGGACUGGAUUACAUAUGCAUUGGAGUCAUAGUCAAUGGAAAUAUGAGGGAGGUAAAAUCUUACAUAUCUCUAUGAAUUACACAAGAAUUAAAACAUCCAUAAUUCUUCCCAGAAACACCCACCUGGAGAAAUUAGCUAAAAUGCAGCAACUCGUUUAACAUUUUUAUUUUUCACAAAAAUGGAAGCAARUAAAUAAAUAAAUAAACGGUAAUAAGUGAURUAAGGGGCGAACUGACUCAGUUCAAUAAAACCUUAUCCACAGAAAUGAACUGAUUUGCAAAUGGAAGGGAACCCGAUUGACUUGUCUGGGUACGAAAUGGACGUAGGAACUGGCAAAGUGACGAAUUGUCUUAUUACAAACAAAAACAACCCCCCUCUGUUUAAUCACUUUACAUCGGCUUUUUCAAUCAGGGUGCCAUUUCAUACUAAUGGACUCCUACAUUUCUAAGGUUUGAAAAUCAAACUUUUACCUGACUUUUUACGUCAGCUUCAAAGUACAUUCCGUCAAACUUUAAAAAGCAGAAGGCGUUUUUAUUAUUAUGUUUAGCUUGGUCCAUCUUUCUUCACUAAGGCCUCUAGCAGACUGAUAUUUUGGCAGCAAUAUAGCUUCUCCAACACCCAGUCUCUGCUCUGUAGGGACGUCCCUAAUCAGCUAGAAGGUGCAUAUAAUUUCACAUCGCGACUUCCGUGUCAAUUUUUAUGUUAAUAACGAGAGGAUCAUGACAAAAAUUGCCAAUCAUCGCACCUAGAUGGAGCUCCUUUGAAUACACGGCCGCAAGAAAAGUUCGUCGUUUUGAGACCCGCUGUCAAGUGCUAACAACCCGCGGAGGGAAGUCAUUAGACAUACAAAAGAGCUGGAACAAAGCGACACUCCUGGCACCCUGUACGAGGAGACCGGCUGACACAUGGAGGCUUUAAAAUGUUUCAGAUAAAGCAGCUUUCCAAGAGCUCCUUGAAUAAUCUGCUGCUCCAACCAAGGRGGGUGGGGGGGGUGGGGGGGUGAACUGGAUUUACACAGCAGGACCUGCUUUAUUUACAUUACCGAACCUCAUUACAUCAGUCCAGUAUAUAUAUAAUUCCUAUAGGACCUGUUCUGCACACACAGUGAUGGGACUGGACUCCGAUCAGAUGGCCCCACAAUGUUUCACAACGUGUCUGCACCUGUAAAAAAAAAAAAAAAAAAAAGA